AUGACUAUCACCGACAUGGACAUCGAGUACAAUCCCGCAUGUGAUGCUGAUGUGUUGAUUGUUGGAGAAGGACCUGAUAACGAUGUUAUCCAUCGCUACUGCUCACGUGAGAAGCGCUAUGGUAACGAAACCGAAGAGGAGAUGUUGAAAGAGCGAUUCAAGAUGGUGAAAUCACGCUCACGCUAUCUUACUUUGACGUGGACCACUGACAGCGAGAACGAAUACAGAGGAUGGCGCAUUGACUACGAGUUUAUACCGGACGGUGCAGAAUGCGGCUUUACUACUCAUGCAAUGACAGGUGUUGUACAUUCACCCAAUUGGCCGAAGGAUUACGGUAACGAUGAAGAAUGCCUGUGGGAUAUUCAGGUGCCACUAGGUUAUCAUAUUCACCUCCAGUUCACUCACUUCGACGUUGCACCUUCAGAAGGCUGCCUGAAGGAUUCACUUACGAUCUCACAAGAGCACUCGUCGAGAGCUAUAGCACCGAUUGGCGACUAUUUCUUCCUUUUUGAAGACGAAGAAGCUAACGAACCGCUUUGUGGUAUUACUCUUCCGAAAGCGUUCAGAUCGGAAAGUAAUCGAAUCAGGUAA